GAGAGUCUGCAGGACAGGACACACUUCAGUCUGAGCUCAGAGGAGAAAAGUGGGCGAUGUUGCAGCGUGGAUCUCAUUUAUGGACACUGUGGGAAGAAAGGCUUGUUGUUACAGUCCUGAGUUGCUUCUAGAUGCUGCGCUCUGAUUGGUCAGCCUGUUACCAUCCGGAACACGGCGGAGGGCGGGGCUUCACACACAGCUGAUCGGGGGACAACAAGCGUGCAGGGACACAUGUAUGGAGGGGGGCUGGGAACAUCCAGUCCAUGGCAGGGACAGGGCUGUGUGAUGAGGCUGAGGGGCGAACAGGGCUGUGUGCUGAAGCCCAGAGGUGAACAGGGCUGUGUGCUGAAGCUGAGGGGGUGAUUUUUUUCUUUUACUUCAGAUGCUGUUAGAGAAUAAAAAAUAGGGCACAUGUGCAGACUAUUUUAAAACACACUCAAGAAAUUAUUUGGGCAUAUGCAUCUUAAUUUAUUGUUUAAGUUAUUAAGAGUUUGACUUUCAUAUAAAACCAAAAACCAUUUAAGACUUCAGUUAGUUUUUUUUUUAAAGAAGAAAAUAUUCUUAUACGUAAUGAACGUAUUUUUACGACGGAGUAUUAGGGCCAGGGCUAUUUUUGAUUAAACUUUAUGUUUGAUAAUUUACAACAUCUUCAAAAUAACCAGAAAUAUGAUGUAUAAUGAAUGAAUAUUUAUGGUAAGAAUAUUUAUUAACCCACUUGAAACUAAUGGUCAGAGUGUGGCUUUCACAUAAAAUAAAACAUUUUUAGACUUUAGUUAGUUUGAAAAAUUAAAAUAUCCUUGUACGUAAUGAUCGAAACAGGUAUUUUUGAUUCGAUUUUUAUGUUUGAUAAUUAAACAUUUCUUGUUAUUUAUAACAUCUUCAAAAUAUAAUGUAUUAUUAAGUAAUAUUUAUAAUACGGAUUUUUAUUAAUCCUCACUUGAAAGUGAUUUUCAGUAAACCUGCAUGGUUCCACCAGGAGCUACAUUUAACAGGCUCAGGUGCCAGAAGAUUUUAUGAUUCCCCGGUGAACUGGGUUUAUGUACUUUUGAGUAUACAAAGGUAAUGUCCUGCUGUAUGGUAGCAGGAUUUUCUUUUUUACCAGGGGCAUGAUUGAUCCUGGAUGUGCAAUCACAUCUAUAAAGAUGAAAACAAAGGAGAAAUACAAAGAUAGGUAAUUGUUUUUGUAUUUCAUGGAUGUCAUCAUUAAAUAUGGAUGAGAAAUCUAAGAAUAGAUAGUGGGAGUCAGUAAGGAAAACAUGUUUGGAUCGGUUGGUUCCUGCAGUUGCGUUUUUUUAACCCGAGUGCAACACUGGUGUUUCACGGAAGAUGCCACACAUAGUUGCAUGUUGUGGCUUUAAUCAGAUAUGUGAGAUUGAACCACUGGUGACCCAGCACAGGUCUGGCCUGCUGCCACAGAUGCCAUUCCUGCUUCUAAGAUGAUUUUUCUCUUCUUACAAACACUUUAAUGAAGGUGUGUCCAACACCUUUAUGUGGGGCUGGACCAAAUGUAUUGACACAUGGUCUUUUGUACUGGAGGUCAGCAGAUUCUUUAUGAAUGUGCAGUUUAAAUGUACAAAUGGGAUUAGAGCUGCAAAUGAGUACAAAAUAAACAUAUGAAUUUGCAAGAAAAACUCUGCUCUUUUUAUAAGGGGAUAGUGCUGAUGUAUCACAGUGCAGUGAGAGCUUUUGUCACCAUAAAUGUUAUGCCUUGUAUAGUAACGUUACUCUUGAGCAAGCAUAUGCUGCCCUGCUUUGAAUGUCUAUGGAUAACCCUUAGGGAAAGGCAUAAGAGAGAGAGAUAUGCACAUGUCUGUUGCUCAAGUCUAUAUCAGGUUUUGUUUAGGUGCCAUUGCCUGAGAUCACAUUUAGAGUUACCCUGUCUUCUUGCCCGGCUGGUUUGAAACCUUUUUCUAUUGAACAACUUAGCUUUUUAAACCAUGGUCCUCUCUGGUUAUUUUUGUACGCGACAGUUCAAAUAAUCAAGCUAUCUUGUGUUAGUAUUUGUGCUCCAGCAGUUUGGCUAAAUUAGUAUCUUUAUGUUAUCUUGGUUACAUGACAGAAGGAUUUAUGACAAGAUCAUGAAACAGGUUGUAACAGUUACUUACUGUGGCUUUUAUGUUGUUUUUCUUUUCAUUGUGUCAGACUCGAACAGACACUGACUGAAUACGCUCAACCUUUCUGUGUCCCAUUCAGACACUUGACUCAGUCUUAUGUUUCUCGCUGUCAACACACACUGUGAUUAUGACACACAUCCUCCCCACCCAAGUCACAUUCCUUCUUCUCCAGAUGCACGUUACCUGCAAAACAGAUCAAAGCCCCACAUCAGUCACUGCUAAGCUGGCGAAGGGCAGCAGGUUUAUCUUGUAACAUUUGUUACAGCAAAGAGGAAGUUGACUCAGGAGGAAUUAAAGAUGAUAGACCAGGCGCUCAUGACUCUGCUGUCAGUCAUUUAUGUGUAUUAGGAAUAAUGAUCCAUAGUUAUUAACUCAUCACCUAAAUCACUUUCAUGAUGUUUUAUGCUUUGAGUUGGACAGCUGAAGUUUUUGUGUCUCUGUAUAUUUAGAAAAAGUGAAAUUAGGACUCGUCUAAUGUAAGAAAGAUCAUCAGUUGUCUUACACUAGAAAACUUUGUUUGAUAAGUUGUUAUUCUGUUCUGACUAUUCUGUUCAGUGGGAGGUUGUUUUGCAUGAAAGGACAGCUGUAAUCUGUUGGUUACCACCGCAUUAUUGAUCUCACUGCCAGUGCUCAUGUUAUUGAUCCCAUGUUUGACCUUCUGCCCAGGCAAGUUCACAGAGCGACUGUUUGACCAACCAAAAAAGGUUUAGUCACAGAAAACCAGCCUGAUUCAUUGUUAUUGAAUAUGUAUUUAAUGUUGUUUGAAUUUUUCUGCCGCCAGUGUUGCUUUGUUUCUGUUUUUCCCUUUUUUACCUUAACUGGACGUCAGCAUCGAGAGCAAGCAUGAGGUCACCAUCCUUAGUGGACUCAACGAAUUUGUGGUCAAGUUUCACGGGCCACCUGGAACACCGUAUGAAGGAGGCGUAUGGAAGGUUCGGGUGGAUCUACCAGAUAAAUACCCCUUCAAAUCACCGUCAAUAGGAUUCAUGAAUAAAAUCUUUCACCCAAACAUCGACGAAGCGUCGGGAACGGUGUGUUUAGAUGUCAUUAACCAGACAUGGACGGCUCUCUAUGACCUUACCAAUAUCUUCGAGUCGUUCCUCCCUCAGCUGCUCGCCUACCCAAACCCCAUCGAUCCUCUGAACGGGGACGCAGCAGCCAUGUACCUUCAUCGACCGGAGGAUUAUAAACACAAGAUCAAUGAGUACAUCCAGAAGUACGCCACAGAGGAGGCUCUAAAGGAGCAGGAAGAAGGAGGGGGCGACUCCUCUUCCGAGAGCUCCAUGUCAGACUUUUCGGAGGAUGAGGCUCAGGACAUGGAGUUGUAGUGAAAGGGGGGGAUCCGGUCCCCUUCACCUCACAACAGACUGUUGUUUCCUAAAGUGCAGAAACUCAGUACUAUAUUCAUAUUUAAACAAGACAAUUUUUUACUGCAACACAAGGAUUUUUAUCGCUACACAAGGAUUUGCAGUAUGAUAUUGCAGAAAUAUUAACCCUUAUAUAGGAAUUCACGACCAACUUCCCUUUCCCUCCUCCUCACCCCAAGAGCCUGCUUGGAUCAGAAAGGAGUGCGCCAUUCAUUUCCACAAAGUUGUUGUGGAUUCAGGCCUUGUAAAGGCGGCUUUCUAUCUUCUUGUCCAAACUGAGCCGUGAAACCAACACGGGGGCCAGGAUGUCAAACUGACAUAAUAGAACGAGACUGUUUACGCUCAGUUUCCCAUUUGGUUCCACAAGCUACAACUCACCACCUCUUAUGUUGGGACACAUUUAGGUUUUCAAUGUUUUACAGCAUUGACAGGCAUCUUUUCCUCGUCAACAGAGGACUGCAGGAUGACAAUCCACAAUUUGUAAGUGGUCUCAACUUCAAAAGAGCGUGGAUUCCCUUUUUUUUUUUUUAAACUGUCACCUUUCCUUUUUGACACUGCUGCCCUGAGGAGUCACCAUUACAAUCACUUCUUCAGAGGAGAUGAUGGCCACAGCGCAGUCGAGCGCUCAUCACGUACAGACUCGUGGCUGCGGACAGCCUCUCCAACAGGACUGAUCUUUGUGCAAAACCGCAGGCACAUCAUACGCUAGGAAACUCCAAUGCAUCAACCAUGACAAGUCACACAAACGCCAAGGUGUGUGCGUGUGUGUGUGUGUGCACACGCCUGUGUGCAUGCAUGAAUGUAAUCCAGGGAGAAUCAUGGCGUAUUACUGAUAACCUGUGUUGUUCUGACCCCUGAUGCUCUGCAGAGAUCAGAGAAGUUUCACCAUCCUGAUCCUUCUCCUCUUCAACCACCAUUUCCUCCUCCUCCUCUUCCUCAUCCUCCUUCUCUCCGUUUUAGGAAAGUGUUUCUCAUUCUCCGAGUAUCUUUGUAAAUUGUGGCAUGACACAGAAGUAAAGUUGUGUAGGGUUUGUGGAGCUGUAGCGCUGUAGAAGUGGAGGAGGACACCUGUGCCCAGGGCCCACUGUGUGUGAGUCGGGUGGGGUUCAAGGUUCAGGGUUCAUUCUUUGUGGCGGGGCGGGGGAUUAUCCAGGUCCUUGUUGAAUUGUUGAACUUCUUAACUUUGCCUAUUGCUUGUGUUGAACUAUAAUAGGUGUUUGACUUGCGUAGGGGUAGGUCGUUUUUUUUCUUCUUCUUCGCGGCUGGUGAAUCCUAUCAUAAUGUAUGGUUUAAUACUUAUAUAAACACACUAGUUUAAAAACUAAUUGUCCUGUAACGAUGAGGAGAAUUAAUACAUCUUUGUCCGUGGGGUGACUUUUUUUUGUUCAUCCUCCAAAGACAUGUCUCACCCCUGUACUCCCCUUUCUUAUGCAAAUGUGUCCAACUUUUAUCAUCGAGAGAUAUGUUACUUUUGUCAGACAGAAGUGCUCUUUGUUUCUGCCAUUCAGCGUCGUAGCGAUUCUUUGUGGCAUUUACUUUUUCAUGAUGUUGAUGGCCUGUUGCUUUCCAAAAUGGUGGGACCAAAAUCUAAAGGAGCUAUUAGCUUAGUUUCAUAUAUAUCCUUUAAAAAAAAAGCAAAGGAAAUCCUCCUCAGGCUGGAUAAAGAGUUUACACUGAUAAAUUAAUAAUGUUCUUUGAAAUGUCAAAUUCUGGAGUGGCCAUCUUAGAUAAAUUCAAACAUUUUAAUUCAGGCGCAAGUGUCUUCUUCUUCUUCUUUAGGACAAUUGAACAGCUUUCAUCCUGGUUUACUCUGAAAAGGUUUGCCUGCCUUCUAGUGACCGCGCCCCACACCAGAGGAAACUAGCAGGCGUUACCAGAGCAGUGACAGUUUACUGUUACAUUUCAUGAUGGCAUACCGAUCUUUGUUUGUAACAUUCAUUCGUAGCCGAUCACUUUUUGGUGUGAUUUAUUUCUGUAAGGAAACAAUAAAUCGGAAUCCUACUUUAUCACCAUCUUGUGAACGGAAAAUUGAAUCAAUAAUCCCUUUUUAUAUUAAAAAAAAAAAAGAUAUCAGGAUCUCUUCCAUGGUGUCGUGUAGGAGGGUAUUUACCUUUGUUUGAACAUUAACAUAGGCUGGUAAAACUAGCAUGUCACAGUGUUUUUGACAUGGCUUUAAAAAUGUAUCUGUUGAACAGCCACUUCGAAAUGGCUCUUAUUAGCUUUGAUAACCAAAUAUAAGUUGGUGUAGUUGUAGUUUUUGCUUUGAGGAAAUUGUGAUUUGCAAGAAAAAAAACAACACCUCUGUCCAGCCUUGUUGUUUGUCAUCAUCUGGAGCUAUCAGCGCAUUGUUUUUGUUUUGUUUUGUUUUUUAUUAAUAAGACACAUAUAUUUGAUGCCUAUAAUUUGUUUGAAUGUUUUUAUUUUUGUCUUUUACGCUCGAUGUCCAGGAUACAAGUCGAGAUAUCCCUGAUUUUUUUUUAAAGACAAAAAAUGAAUAAAUGUGCUUCCCUUGUAACUUGAAGAAAGAAAUAAACAAAAAAUGUAAUUAUAAA